GACAACAGCCUCGUUUGGUCUACCAACACAUCAGGCCAGUCUAUUGCUGGGAUGACCAUCACUGAGCUCGGCAAUCUGGUGCUCUUCGAUCAACAUAACAGACUGGACUGUCAGCAAUCAAUUUUACUUUACUGUUCUUUCUGAUGGUCUAUACGCUUUUGUUGGGUCUGCCCAACCUCAGCAAUACUAUGCAUUUGCGGCAUCUAUCGGAAACAACAGAUAUUUCACUCUUGUAAAUGGGAGUCUGGCGAUGGUUGAUGCAUCCUCGUCAACGCUGAAGCCACAACUACUGCUAGAUUUCAAACUACCGCUAUCUUCGUCUUUUCAGUGCAUCAGAUUUGAGUAUGACGGCCAUCUCAGGGUAUAUGAAUGGGUGGCAGACGAACGGCUGCAGAUGAGCUUGGUAGCACAUGAUUUGUUUCAGUUAGAGUACUGUGAUUACCCAACUGCAUGUGGGGAGUAUGGCAUUUGCUCAAGAGGUCAGUGCUCAUGCCCGACAGCACCUGAUGCAGCAUACUUUAGGCAGAUUGACUACCGGACACCCAAUCUUGGUUGUGCACUGGAGACCCCAAUUUCUUGCCAAUCUAUGCAAUAUCAUCAACUCAUAGCUAUCCCCAAUAUUUCUUACUUUUAUUACAACUAUUCCAUAGAAGCAGAACUGGGUGACGAGGAGAGCUGUAAGCGCUCCUGCUUGACCACUUGCUCAUGCAAAGCUGCCAUGUUUCGCUCCUAUGGUAAUAUUAACGGUGGUGGUGGUUGUUCCUUGGUAACAGAAGUCCUUUCGCUGCAGGUCGAUCAGUUCAAACAAGUAUAUCAUAACGAUUCAGCAUAUCUGAAGAUCCAGGUGAGCCAACCACAUCAAACAGCCAAGAAGAGAGUGCUUUUAGGUCCCCUGCUUGCAGGAUCAAUUGCUUUAUCCAUCCUACUUAUUUUUUCCUUCGAGAUAGUACGAAGAAGGCGAAAGCAAGAAAAAGAUGAUGAGGACGAAUUUGCCAACAUACCUGGAAUGCCCAUGAGAUUGACCUUUGAGAAGCUGAAAGUAGCAACCAAAGAAUUCAGCGACAAACUAGGUGAAGGAGGAUUUGGCUCAGUUUUCAAGGGGCAGUUAGGCGAUGAGACUGUUGCUGUAAAACAGUUGGAUAGAGCUGGUCAGGGAAAGAAGGAAUUCUCGGCAGAAGUUCAGAUAAUUGGUUGCAUCCAGCACAUCAAUUUGGUCAAGCUGAUUGGCUUCUGUGCAGAGAAAUCACAUAGGCUCUUAGUUUACGAGUAUAUGUCGAGAGGGUCGCUAGAAAAGUGGAUCUAUUACAAACAGAACAAUGCUCCCCUUGAUUGGUGUACAAGACGCAGGAUUGUCACCGACAUUGCUAAGGGCCUCUCUUACCUUCAUGAGGAUUGUAGGCAUAGAAUUGCUCAUCUUGACAUCAAGCCACAGAACAUCCUCUUAGAUGACAGCUUCAAUGCAAAGGUGUCUGAUUUUGGGCUGUCCAAGCUGAUAGACAGGGAUGAAAGUCAAGUAGUGACCAGAAUGAGGGGAACACCUGGCUAUAUGGCACCUGAGUGGUUGACAUCUCAAAUUACUGAGAAAGUUGAUGUCUACAGCUUUGGUGUUGUGGUCAUGGAAAUUAUCAGCGGAAGAAAGAAUCUGGACUACUCUCAACCCGAAGGCAGCGUACAGCUCAUUACCUUGCUGCAAGGGAAGGCGGAGAAUGGGCAGCUGGAAGAUAUGAUCGAUGAAAACAGUGAUGACAUGCGCUUACACAAGGAGGAAGUGGUUGAGGUUAUGAAGCUUGCAAUGUGGUGUUUGCAGAGUGACAAAAACAGAAGGCCUGCCAUGUCAUUGGUGGUGAAGGUCAUUGAAGGAGAGAAGGAUGUGGAAGCUAACUUGGAUUACAACUUCUUUGACCUAAGCCCUGCAAUCUCUGUUCCAGUUUGUCGGUCCACUUCUUCAGCUCCACCUGCAGCAUCAAUUCUCUCUGCCCCCAGAUGAACCUGUAAAAGGACUGUGUGACAUGCAGUGACAUAUUUGUUAUUGCUGUUUUGUUCGUAUCCAAGAAUAAAUCUUCAUAUUGGUGGCACGGCAAAAGUAAUUUGUUUCACACCUGUGCCUAGACCAUGAAAAUAUUUAUUAAUUUGGCCAAAAAGAUACUAUACUGUACCUUGUCA